UAUGUCCCUUUAACAACAUUUACGGUACAAGUCCCCGGAUGUUCGCUUAACUGUGCCGGUUAAAAGUCUACAAAUCCAAAUCGCCAAUUUAGCAGAAAGUAAAGGUUGUCCCACUUGGAUUACCGAAUUAGAUGACAGAAUUGGAUGGGCACAUGCAGAUGUGUGUGUAAACUAGAGGUCAGAAGACAACAAAUUUCCAAAGUUCAGGACUUGAAAAGAAAAGGCUGCAAAGUCAGUCUUAUCUUUACAGAUAUUUGUAAGACAAAGCAACAAUGAGCUGGGGAGCAUUCUUUGAUCAGUCUGGGUCGUACAGUGCCGAUGUUGGUCAAACAGCAACAGGAUAUGGAAAUGCCCAAGAUUCUUCCUACUAUGGUGACAACAACCAAACACCAUCCUUGCUUGACAUGGGUGGCUACCAGUCUGAGGGCAACUUUGGACAGGUGAAAAGAGGCGUGACUGAGGAUGAAGGGUAUAGUUUUAAACGUCAGAAGUCAGACUUUCAGGCGGAAGUUUAUGAGGAGGGACCAACCUCCUGGGAUAAUAUGAAAGAACAGGAACCAGCUGCCUUUUCAUGGGAUGAUAUGUCAGAGUUGACUUCUUGGGAUCAAAUUUCUAAACCAAAGCCUUCAGGUGGUGGGAGGGGUAGAGGAGGAGCUACAGGGGGAGGAGCAGGAGGUGGAGGAGGAGCUAGAGGUCAGUUUGGAGGUGGAGGGGCAAAUAAAAAUCAAAGAGGGGGAGGGUAUAAUAGUAGAGGAAGUGGGAAUUGGGGUGGAAAUAGUAAUACAAAUAGAGGAAGGGGAGGGUCUGGUGGAGGGAGAGGUGGUUCCAGUGGAGGAAGAGGCGGGUCUGGUGGUGGAAGAGGCGGGUCUGGUGGAGGAAGAGGUGGGGGAUUUGGAGGAUCAGGCGGUGGAUAUAAUAGUGGUGGAGGAAAUAGAGGUUUUGGAAAUAGAGGUUACCGUGGUGGUGGUGGUGGCUAUGGUGGAGAUAGAUCUAGCCUCUCACUGGUAGAAAAGUUUGAGAAGUUUAGCCAGUUCUUGCGAGGUGAUACUGCAAGAGUAAAUUCUAUCCAGUCAAUAGAAAAUGCUUGUACUUGCACUGGUAUGAAUCUGAGAUGUGAAUAUGUGUGUGACGAACUACCGAGGAUUUACAACAGGCUAUUAUUUACUGGUAAACUGAGUAUCAGUGGAAUAUUCCUGGCACGCACUGUUGGAAUGAACAAGAAGGAUCUGAAACAUGAAGUAUAUAACAAGGCUCACGAAGUUCUCACCAGCAAAUCUGUGGCCGACAUCAACGAGUUGAAGGACCCUGGAGUUGAUACUGUGAAGACUUGUGUAGAGCGUUUAUUGAAGAAGUGUGGUAGAGGUGUAUAUCAAGAAGGGAUGGGUGUUCCUAUGAAUCAGGCUGUCGGAGAUAUGGUUAAUGAGAUGAAAAACAAUCUAGAUGCCGUACGUAAUUUACAGACAGGGCUUGGAAAGUUGGUAGCAUACCUAAAAGGUCCAGCGAAGGUUCCGGACAAUCCUAUAUCCAAGGUUGAGCAGGCCAUGAUGGCUUCCCAUUGUGGAAUACGGCACAUUUUCCAGGUGGAGACCAGGGAUGAAGGCGGGAAACCAAUAUAUGAUGGAGAAUUUAUACUUGAGGACACGUGUAUUGCAAGAGCUACUGACAGUAAUAAAAAGACUUGCAAAGUGAACACAUAUGUUAUGGCGUAUGAAUCUCUCAUGAAUAAGCCAAUAUCAGAAUUGAUGAUUCCUAUGACAAAGGAAGAUGACCUGAAAGAAGAAGAUCAUGUACAGAAUGAGGCUAUUGUAGCAGGUGUAGGGCAAGUUGAUGGAGAAGGACCACCGCCUGUUGUUAAACCUUCACUUAGAGAGGCCCCGCUACAGGAACGUCUCCGUAACUUGAUGUCUGUGUUGUCCACCUCGGCUUUCUCCGAUCACAAUAUCUCGAUACUUGACAACUGCAUACAUAACAGCGGACUGACGGCUAUGUGCAUCUACAGGCGUGAUGACGUGGCCUCCAAUGAUUGUGCAUCAUGCGAGAUGUACAUUGAGAACUACUUGAUUUCUGUUGGGCAUGGAGCAACAAAGAGUGACUGUACAAAUGAUGCGUACGAUAUAGCCUGGGAUAUUAUAACAACCAGUUCCCCCGAGGAUAUCAUGCAAAACUGCAGGAGAAUUGAAGCCAGGGAGACUACAGGUCCUACAGUACUUGAUGUGAUUGUAAAAGGAGAGAAGGGUUCUAACAGUGAAUCUAACAUUGCUCAGUUACGUCGGCACGGUUAUGAUCCGAACGACACAUCUCGCGCAAUCGGAGACCUUGUUAUUGUAGAAGCUGGUAGCUGGUUUGAGGACAGACGGCAGUUUGCAUUUGCUAUCCUCCAGAAUUCAGCAUUACAUAAUGGCAUGUUAUUACAAUGGAGUUUUACAGGCAUAAAGGCACAUGGUCAAAAGAACUACAAGAAUGAACUUAGACCACUUGGAAAGUAUAGAUGUCAAAUAUUUCUGAAAGGACAACAAGUCAGUGAGCAUACAGGAUAUGGUAAAAAUAAGACACGUAACUUUGCAGCUGUGGACAUUCUCUUUCAUCUAUAUGAAAAAAAUGAUGUGGUCAGGAUUGUAAAGCUGAAUGAUGAGGAAAGGUGGAUUCCGUUCUCUAUCAUAGAGCAAGAAGCUAUGAUUUUGAGAAGGGCUGCAAAGGAUCCUAUGCCCACUCCUCCUAAAGAUAUACUUGACAGACGACCAGCCGAUAAACACAUUGUCAAUGCUGUAAGGAACAGAAUUGACAAGUUUUUCCCACGUAAUAAUGCCGACGAACUUCUUAUUGGGCCAGGAAUGCAGCAGGCUGAACUGGGUGAAAUUCGAGCUUAUGUGCAGUCACUUGGCCUGAGAUUUGACCAGAGACAACGUGACGGCAACACAUAUUAUAUCAUUUAUAGCAAACAAGAUAUGAGGGAUAUAGUAGCUGCAUUGAAAAAACUGGGCGGUAAUACAUUGUACGGGAAAUACAAACUGAUUCCGAGGUCUGAAUGUCCAAAACACAGUGAUGUCCUGAGGUCAACAACUACGCCAUCUUACAUCAUUACAUAACUUAAUGUGAAAUCAAUCAAAUGCAACUGGUCAGGUGAGCUUGGUUGCUUAGUGAUCUACAAACCUUUUGAAAUAAUGAAUGGACUAUAAUUCUAAAUUGAAAGUAUGUAUCAUACUUUAAUGAAGUGUGAAAAGAUCAUGUUUUUAUUGACACAGUAACCUUUGAUUAUUAUCCUUACCAUUUCCAUUUUUGCAUUGUAAUUCAUCAUUCAACUACUAAAAUGUAAAAACUUACUAUGUUCAGUAGGUUCAGACAUUGUAAUACAAAUAAGCUGUUAUGUUUCUUGAAUUUUAUGAAUGCUUGUCAUUUUCCAUGUUCAUUUUCCAUGAUUUGUGUGAAUGCCUAUGUUCACAAGAAAUUUUGUGAAUGCCUGAAUCGUACGAAUGUCUUUGUUAACUUGUAUAAGCCUAUGUCCUUUUCCGAGCAUUGUGUAAAAUGCCAUCAAAUGUCAAGAAUUGUGUAAAUGCAUAAUUAUGUUCUGUGUAUGAAACAUUUUGCAUAAUGUAUAUUUUUAGUAUAGUGAUAAUAAAUUGUAAAAAGAGUCUGUUUGUGAAUUAUUCUUCAAAAGAAUAAUUGUUGUGUGCUUGUACA